AUGGUGGCAGCAGUCUUGUCUGAAGCUGUCGUGUCCGAAGCGCUGCAUCAGUUGUAUAGUCCCGUCAGCUCUCCGCGCGUGCGUCGUCGUGCCGAUUCUCUUCUUCAACAGUUCCAGCGCUCUCCUCAAGCUUCAGUAACAGCGCUUGCCGUGCUUCAAAAUCCUAUCGUCAUUACUGGCAAUGCUGAGCACGAUGCCUUAGAACGAGCCAAGCGUGUGUUUUCGGCGUCCACGAUCUACUUCUCUGUGGCUAUGUACAUUCGCAAGUACAAGUUGGAUGAUGUGUCAAAAUGGACACUUCAAGAUCGUGAACAGCAUGAGCUGGUGGUCAAAAAUUUUGGUCAAAUGGCUCAGAAUGUCUGGAACGUGCUUACUGGGCCUUGUGGCACGCAAGAAGAGCUGAAUGUUCAGACUUAUCUCGCUCUUACAGUUGCUGUCAUUUUGUUACGCUUUCACGAACCUCAGGGCAAUGCCACUGUGAUUGAUGCAGUAGAAUGGCUUGUGAAAAAUCAAGAACAUCCUAUAAUUGAUAGAACAACAGCUGCAUUGUCGAAUUUUGCCGUUUUGUUGACGCUUAAGGUGAUUCCAGAGGAAGUGGACAAUAAGCGCGUUAAAUUUGCCAAAUUUAGGCGUGAUCAUUGUGAAGAUAUGGUGCAAAUAUGUGCAGCUCACGUGGUACGACAUGUUUUGCCAUUAAUUGCUGGUGCGAUUGAUGCUAAUGAGGAGCAAAAGCAGCUCGGAGCCUUGUUGCUCCAAACGUUUGCGAGCUGGGUGGAGCAUGGUACGGUGCCUCCCGCUGUGCUCAUGGAGUGCGGGCUCUUGGACCGAGCGUUUUGUGACAUGUUGUUGCCAUCGUCUUCCUUGUCUGCAAUGAAUGCUGUUCGUGAAGUGGUUCGCGUCUGUCAGCAAGAUGAACAUGCGCAGCUAAUGGAGUGUAUCAUGCAUAAUUUUGUUAUCUUAAGAAAAAAAAUCCAAGAAUGCAUCGCAGCAAACGAGAAGAGCUUAGAUUUUUGUGUGAAUGAUUGUGCAAGAGCGAUCUCGGAGUGUGGACAAGCAUUCAUUACGUAUUUUGUGGAUUAUACACUGAAUUUACAACCUGGAUCACUAGUGUAUGAAUUUCUCGACGCAAUUUUGUUUUUCACAUCACUGAAUCUUUUUAAUACCUCUCACGAGACCAUGGACUUCUGGGUUGAUUUUCGCACCUAUAUUUCUGGAAAAUAUGAACAGCGCAUGUUUGGAUUCGAGACGUUUAUUUCGCGGCUGAUGAAUAUCUUAAUUGAGCGUACGGAGUUUCCAAAAGGAUUUGAAGAUCUGUCGGAUGCUGCAAAAGAACGUUUUUUUUUGUUUCGAAGCGAGGCUCGCAAUGUCUUUCGAGCACUUGUUACAGUCUCAGUGGCUAGCGAAGACAAGUUUAUCGUCGAUGCUAUUCAUGCUGUCUUUCAACAAUACGAAAUCGUCGAUUCAGGAUCUCCUUUACCAACAAAUUGGUGGCAACAUACUGAAGUUUAUGUUCACGCUCUGAGUGCAGUAUCAAAAUCUAUUCGUGAAGAAGAUACGUGUCUUAUGCCGAGACUGUUAGGUUAUUUGUCAAGGAAGGAGCCCUCACACCGUGCACUCUUACGCACUAUAACCAUCUUCUUAGGUAUGAUCGGUCAUUGGUUUGCGAAACAUCCAGAGUACCUGUCAAAUUAUGCAUUUGAAAUCAUCUUCUAUGGCCUAAAGACUCAAGAUGAACUUGAAUACACAUCCAGUCAGUACGGCCAAAAAGACCACGUAGGCGCUGUGGCGCUACGUAAGUUAACCUCUCGCUGUGGGUCACACUUUUUUAAUCCGCUUUGGAUCGAGGCACUGGUGGAUUUGUACCGUUUAAAUUGUCCAAUGUUGGGCGGAUCUUCGAAAAUAUGCUUAACGGGUGAUAGUGCCAGGCUUAUCGUGGACUCUAUCUGCCGUGUCCUCACCACGGUGUCGUACAAGGACGCGCUUCCAGUAAUAGACGAACUUGGAGCCAUCAUAUUUGCGGAACUUUCAGCUCGAUGUAGUCAAGCAAACACUUAUGAUGAAAGCCCAGUCGAGUUUCUGAGCGAGAAUCUUAGACACCUUUUCGUAUUGGCGACCCGAAUUUCAGUGCAGUUAGAUCAAAAUACUCCACACCCAAUUUUGUGCGUGUUACAAAGGCAUUGGGAAAUCUUGAAAGUAGCAUUAAGUUUGUAUGGCUGUUGUGAAGAAGUGGCGGAAUCGUUCUGCACGCUUUUGGUUGGUGUAUUUGAAUCACUACGAUCUCAAGCUUUAAAUUUUGCAUCUGCUAUUGUGCCGUCUUUACUUGAACAGUUCGCGAAUAGUCAUUAUGCGUGUUACUUAAGCGUGAUUAAGAGUAUCAUUGGCUGCGCUGGUGAUGAUGACGCUACAAGUGCGAGCUUAGUACGUGUAUUUACGAUCGUCAGUGAGACUUCAAUGAGUAAAAUAGCUGCAGACGGCAGUGUUGACCAACAUUCUGGCCUCACCAUUGCGCUUUUUACGUUGGUAGCAAGUUGUGGUACCCACCAUCCAUCAAUCUUAGCUCGGUCAAACCAGUUGGAAAGUGUUCUGGCACUAGCACUGCAUGCGUUGAAGUCCCAGAACCCUGACGUUGGAGCUGCUACUUUAGACUUCCUAUUUGAGCUCAGCUCUUUGUACGGUCAGAUCAUUCGUACGCCAGAUAGUUUGUUUCAGGGACCGGAGCUUGCAGGCAAGUUAUUGCUACAUGAACAAAUUCAGACGUUACUUUUCGAAAAGGAUGUCCAGUACCAUAUUCUUUUUGCUCUUUUCAAUGCUGCGGCAGGAGGAAUGGCUCCGAACUUGAUGGAAAAGAUUGCAGAGGUUGUGCGGUCUUGCUGGGUUUACUUUGGACGCCAGCGCAGCGAAGAGCUGAUUAAUCGACUUCUAUCCGAUAGAAACUUUAAGGGCUCCCAAGUGAGCGAUCGCGCUCGAACUGAGUUCCUUAAUUACAUUUCUACUUCAAUUUCUAUGGAAAACUCGCGCAAGUUUAAGCGCGUUUUAAACACGUUUUGCGACCACUUUAAGCGCACUCUUGCCGAGAGUGCUAUGUUAGUGUAG